AUGGCCCCCAUCGCAAUGUAUGACACCGUCGUCAUCUAUGCAGAGCUUCUUCCCAACAUUCGACACGUCUCCAUCGCCGUGUCUCUCCCUUCACCAGCCGAUGCCACAACCAGCGUCCAGACAUCUGCCAAUGGCGACAGCAUCCUGGUCACGCACAGAGGCGAUUCGAAAGAGGCGCGCCUUCCAGGACGAGUGUCCGCGCCUUCAGCUCUGCCCAUACCCAGCACACCACCAUCUGGCCCAACAUCGCUCGCGUGGCGUCUGCCCGUCUCAACAUCCGUCGCGCUCCCCAGCACGCGUGAUGAGCUCCAGCCGACGAUCCCGUGGAGCGCCCAGGACUUGACCCCCAGGUCAGCCAUGGCAUGCCGGCAGUGCGGCGAGGCCGUCGUUCCCGAGGGCAGACUAGACGUGUGGAAGGACCUGCCGAGCGAGAACUGGGCUGAGAUGAUGGACUUUUGGCACUGCCACAAGCCUCACGACCACGACCACGACCAAGAGAAGAACGGCGACGACGGCGAUGACGAGCACCUCACGAAGCGAGGCUAUGGUGCCAACUCGUCCAUAGCGGCCCAGACGCGCGUCGGCUUUGUAGACCUGACCUCCUUUCUCCUCGCCGAGGAGGACUGCACCAGCCUGAGA